AUGUAUCUUUCGACGACCCUAAGAUCCGCUCUGCUCGGAGCGUUGUUGAGUGUGUCAUGCAGAGCUGAAGCUGCAAAGAAUGUUGCUAUCAUUGGAGCUGGUGCUGCAGGGUCCUCGGCAGCAUUUCACUUACAGGAAUAUGCUCUGAGAGAGGGGGUUGCUAUUAAUAUUACCGUCUUUGAGAAGACGGACCGUAUUGGAGGUCGAUCGUUGACGGUCUCUGCCUACAAUGAUCCUUCUUUGCCUAUAGAGUUAGGAGCAUCCAUCUUUGUCGGUGCCAAUCCCAUCCUCGUCAAUGCGACCAGACGCUUCCAGCUCCCAGUUAGUGAGCCCCACCGACUUGAGGACGACGACAUGACAGCCAUCUGGGAUGGUGACAGUUUCGUAUUCCAAACAACUGAGGGGUCUUGGGGAGGAUGGGACCUGGCCAAGAUGUUUUGGAGAUAUGGCCUAUCACCUUACAAGGUCAAGAAACUUGUGGAUGGCAUGAUCGGAGAGUUCCUGAAGCUCUAUGAAGACCCAUACUUCCCUUUCAGAUCACUUUCGCAACGAUCGGAGCAGUUGGGCUUGAACCGAAUGACAGCUCUUACAGGAGAGCAGGUCCUGAAAGAAGCUAACAUUGACCCCCGUUUCGCCCGUGAAAUCUUACAGGUUGCCACGCGAGUCAACUAUGCCUCCAACUUGGCUUACAUCCAUGGAUUGGAGACUCUGGUUUCAUUAGCGACAGACAAUGCUAUGUCUGUUGAAUCAGGUAAUUGGCGUAUCUUCGAGGAAAUGAUUUUGGACAGUGGAGCUGCUGUCUACCGUAAUGUGACAGUGGCCUCUAUCGAGAAAUCCAAGAAAGACACACAGUUAUCCUCGCCAUCCAAAUACGUCAUUGCAACUGCCGAUGCUCACUCAAAGGAUGCUGCUGCUGAACAUUAUGGUGUUGAGUUCGAUAACAUCAUCAUCGCCAACCCAUGGCAAUUUAGCAAUAUCAAGGCUGGAGAAGGUGUUCUUGAUCGCGAAAUCGAUGAGAUCCCUUAUACCAAGCUUCAUGUCACCUUGUUUGCAUCGUCUUUGGAACUGAACCCUGAAUUUUUUGGCCUCAAGCCUGGAAGCAAGGCACCCGCCACUGUCUACACGACCCUGGCUGAGGGUGAGGAAGCAGAACAGGGAGCAGAUGGCGUUGGUCGUACCGGCUUCUACUCUAUCAGCACGCUGAAGUACCUCGUCAACCCUAAGACUGGUCAGAAGGAACGUAUCUAUAAGAUCUUCUCGCCCAAGGCCGUCACCGCUGACUUUCUCACCCGUAUCUUGGGCACUGAGGUUCCUGAGUCAAUCGUCUCUGGUAAGGAACAGGAUAUGUCUGGACCCAUCUCGUGGUAUUAUCCUCACUCAUUCUACUCUUAUCCCAUUGAGCUUCCUCGUGUCACAUUUGAGGAUCCUGUCAUUGGUAAGGGUGUAUACUACACUUCUGGUAUUGAGAGCUUCAUAUCAUGCAUGGAGACCAGCGCUUUGAUGGGUAGAAACGUGGCUCGACUUGUUAUUGACAAAUUUGCUGGGAUCUCUCACCCAGACGACACCUUUGUUGCUGUUGAUGAUAAGGGGCCCUUGGAGCAAGAGGUGGAAGGUAUGAAAGUCCAGGCUGAUAAUGAGCUCUAA